CGCCGCGCUGGGGCUGCGGCAGCGCCGGGGCAGCGGCGGGAUGAGCCCUGCGGAGUGAGCGCAGCCCCGCCUGACGCCCCGCGCCGCUCUCGGCGCCUCCGCCCCGUCCGCCUCCGCUCUGGCUUCGGGCCCCUUCUCUCUGCGCUGCGGCGGGCGGAGGCGGCGGAAGGAGAAGCCCAUGGAGGGGAACCGGGACGAGGCCGAGAAGUGCAUCGGGAUCGCGCGGGAGGCGCUGGAGGCCGGGAACCGCGACCGCGCCCUCCGCUUCCUGGGCAAGGCGCAGAAGCUCUACCCGACCGACACGGCCCGAGUUUUGUUGGAAGCUAUUAUGAAGAAUGGAAGUACUGCUGGGGGAGGCGCUUACUGCCGAAAAUCAGCCAGUAGCAGUGAUCAAAGUAAGCCCAAUAGCACGAAGGAGGGCAAUGCAUCUGCUGCAGGUGAAAGUGGAAAAGGCUACAACAAAGAACAAAUGGAAGGAGUAUUAAGUAUAAAGAAAUGUAAAAAUUACUACGAAGUCCUUGGAGUAUCAAAGGAUGCAGGUGAAGAAGACCUAAAGAAGGCUUAUAGAAAACUUGCUUUGAAAUUCCACCCAGACAAAAACCAUGCACCUGGAGCAACAGAGGCUUUUAAAAAAAUCGGAAAUGCAUAUGCUGUGCUGAGUAAUCCAGAAAAGCGAAAGCAGUAUGACCUUACAGGCAGCGAAGAGCAAACUUGCAAUCACCCUAGCAAUGGCAGAUUCAACUUCCAUAGAGGUUGUGAGGCAGAUAUUACUCCAGAGGAUCUGUUCAACAUGUUUUUUGGAGGGGCCUUUCCAACAGGUAGUGUACACUCAUUUUCUAAUGGUCGUGCUGGCUACAGCCAUCCAAACCAGCACCGUCAGAGUGGGCACGAGAGGGAGGAAGAGAGGGGUGAUGGAGGUUUCUCUAUGGUCAUUCAGCUGAUGCCUAUUAUUGUGUUGAUCUUUGUCUCCUUGUUGAGCCAGUUGAUGGUAUCUAACCCUCCUUACGCCUUAUAUCCAAGAUCAAGUACAGGGCAGACCAUAAAAAUGCAGACAGAAAAUUUGGGUGUCAUUUAUUAUGUCAAUAAGGACUUUAGAAAUGAAUACAAAGGAGUGUCGCUACAGAAAGUGGAAAAGAGUGUGGAAGAGGAUUAUGUGUCCAACAUUCGUAAUAACUGUUGGAAGGAGAGGCAACAAAAAACAGACUUACUUUAUGCAGCAAAAGUAUAUCGAGAUGACCGCCUCCGAAAGAAAGCAGAGUCUAUGUCCAUGGAGAACUGCAAGGAACUGGAACGGCUGACCAGCCUCUACCGAGGAGAAUGAGCUACAGUUACACACACACCUUACCUAUGCUGUUAUCUCUCCUGUAAACCGACAAGAGAUUUAGUUUCACCAUGGAUGCUGGAAAAGAGGGUGGAUGUAAAACUCUACUGUGUAGCUGUUUCCAGAAACCUUAUGCUGAAAUAUCAUUUAACGGCUUCUUUACCUACUGUGAAAUAUAGGUAACUUUAAUUGUCUAGAUUUUACUUCAAAGCUUCUGUGAAUUCUUUCAGCAGAGAGAAUAGCUCAGAAAGGAUGCUAUACUUGUAGAGACUUAGUCAUAGUGGUUCUCCUCUAACAUAUUUGCCAUGUAAAUAUCUAUGGAAAGAACACUUUGUGUAUAUACGAGUUAAAUGACUUUCUAUUUAAAAAUCUCAGAAAUUUAGUUCCAUACUACAUUUUGUCUCACUGAUGGAAUAAAUAGUAUGAUUACAUCACUCCUAUUCAGAUGUCAAGUGUGUGGAGUUGAAACAAUAAUUUUUAAUAUUUUAUCUCUAACUCUAUGUAAAAUCUUCUAGGUUUACCGCUUAGAGGAACUUGGUAUUUUUAAAUAUAAUGGCAUAUAUUGCUAAAUAUCUGUUGGGGUAUAUUGAUCUGGUGUAGAGUAGCAGUUUAGCUGUUGUAGUUUUUUAGCAUUUCUAAGCAAUGCUGAGAAAAAUAAGAACUACACUAAUCUCUUUUCAAAGUAAAUAUUUGCAAAUGCUGUACAGACCAUUAUAAACAUUGCUUUUAGUACUUGCAACAGUUUACAACAGCUCUACCAUUUGGUAUUCCAGUAGUAGUAAGUCCAUACGUAUGGUUAACAUGCAUCCAUAGCUUCCUUAAUUUUCACUGGAAAGGUAGAGGAAAACAUGCAACACUAAAAACACUAAAAUAAAAAGGCAACCUAAUUUUUUUUCCCUGGCAGGCUUCCAUUUUCUUACUACUUUUUUAUUUCAAGCUGGGUCCCAGUACUGAUUCCUCAACGGGCACCGCAAUUGGAACAGGGAGAUUUUGCUAAGUACAAGCUAUGUGCCUUUCAAUUUUGCCAACUAUUUAAAUGCUUUGCUGCUUUGCAGUGUGCUCCUAUGGUCAGAACCCUAUCACUUGUCAGAAGAGGUAGGGUAUGCAUUUUUUGGGACCAGAAUGUAGCUGGACUGACUUCCUAGAAAUGAGCAAGCCUACUGUUUGGCUCCUGUAUGGAAGAUCAUGUAACUCAGUGGCCUGGAAAUGGAAACUAUAUGUAGCCACACCUGCUGAUGCAAAGAGGUGUUCUGAAGCAGCUAAGUACAAUGUACUUCAGGUUUAUCAAAGUAUAUUGAAAAUGUUUUUAGGUCCAGUUGCUGAUGUUUUUUACAUUUUAACAGUGUUAUGCAGGGGAAUGUUUCUUGUAUUUGAGAAUGCCAGAUAGCUUGUAUUAUGGGCAAUAUAUUUUGUUUGAGAAAAUUGCUGUCUGAACAAUGCUGUCAGUUCAUGUGGAGCCAAAUAUUUCUCCUAAAUUUAAAUACUUUGUCUGACUUCAUUGCAAUUCCUUCUGAUCCAGAGCAGGAUAUGUUUGACUUUACAAAUACACUGAAUGCUAUUGCUCCAAGUGACCCAGAAAACAUUUUGCAUAUAUCAAUUUUCUAAACUGUCCCAGUGGAAAUGUCUUGUCUUGAAUUGGUGUAACGUGAGACUGGCUGCAGGCUUUUAACUAAGCAGCUAAGCCAGCAUUCAAGGUGGACAUGAAAGCCUGGGGCACAAAACAGAACUAAAAGUUCCUGAAACAACAACAAAAAAAAAAAGUUUGCUGUACUGAAUGUCCUUGCCAAGACUAUAGUAAAAGGGCUCAGAUAUAAUGGAAAGGCAUCCAGAUGUUUGAAAUAUGCAAUCAAAAUCUAUGGAGAAAACGACAUUCCCCAGUUUUUGUAACUGUCCAGAAUGUAUUGUAAUUAUAUUAAUGAAAACAAACUAUCGAGUACAUUCUGGUACUCCUGUGUCUUCUUAAAAGAAGAAAUUUAUUCCAGAGGCUUUAACAAGUACUUGGGCCUUCCUGUUUACAAAUGAGUCUGAGUUUGCAAGUAAUCUUUUAGUUAACAGGAAAAGGGAUAUAUAACACAUUUAUCAAAUAUUGAAACUGUGAAGUCAGAGUGAACAGAUGGUCUUAGCAAAGCUGCCUAUAAUAAUCCUAUGGGCUGUGUCUGCCCUGCAGCCACUUCUGGUGCAGGUGAGAAGUGUGGAAAUGGAUGGAUGCUGAGCUGUGUCAGCUUGGUUCGAUUGCUAUCAGUUCCUCUGCAAACUGGGAUAAUGUGGUGGCUGUGCCCUAUGGCAACACAGACACCCCAGAAGGUUAAAAGUGAGACCUAGACUGCAACAUUUCAUUUGAUUACCUAUUGCAAUUAGCACUUUCUGAGAAGGAAAUAAUAUGUUUAUACUGGUGGAAGUAUGCUGCUUAGCAUUUAACAGAUUAAAUAGUUGCACACUUUGAAAUAUGUAGUAAUGUGCAAAAGGAUGCUGUGAUUUCCUGUGGCAUAAAGAUUAAGCUGCUCUAAAUAUGGCCUGCAAACAUUCUUUUAAUAUUUCAAGUGGGUGUUUUUCUCCUCAUGGUUGUUGCUUUUUUUUCCCUAAAGUCUGAAGGGGCUUUUUUUCUUCAGAAAUGUCAAUAUCUUCCCUGGAUUUGUUGAGGGAAUCUGCUAGAAAUUCAUUUGCUCAUGAGCAAAAUGCAAAUUGAAGAGGGUGGAGUACUUAAAUCUUUUCAGAUGACCUUUCUUCAGAAGGCAAAGCUCUCAUUAAAAUAAGAUACUGGAAAGAAAAGGGGAAAGCAAAACUGGUUUUGAACAGCCUGACUAAAAAUCCCUCAACAUUUUGGCUACCUGCUCCUUAACUGUUUUUAUUAAAUAUUUAUUAUUUUAUUAAAAUUAAAAUUAUUAAAAUAUAAAUAUUAUUUUAUUAAAUAUUUAAAUAGUCAUUACCUUUCAUUUAAUCUAGAAUUAUAGAUAGCACAAGCAUGGGUUCUUGGUUUUGUCCUUUAAAAGCACAGGCAGAAAAGCCUUGCAAAAAGAGAAAAAUCUUGGCAUGACUCUGACAUAGCCUAAUGAAAAAAGGAGAUGAUUUGCAUCUGCUGAAAUAUAACAUCAGUAUGUGUUCUAUUUAUGGAGCAUCCUGAGUCACAAGAGAGUUCAGUGUUCACAUCUGAUGAACAUUUCCCUACAAGUUCUCUGUUUGGGUAAAACAAGUCUAAAUUGGAAUUUUUUACCUUUUUUUUUAGACAGUCUUUUUUAUUUUACAAGUUUCCAAGAAAUGGUAGAACAUCACAGCACUAAAAAUGCAACAGAUGCAUUUAGAUAGACAGCAAAGACAACUUGAAAUUAUAAAUAUUUUUAAUACAAUUUUGUAACAAAUGCUGUAAAAGGAUUAAAAUACGAGGGCAAGAAUAUUUUUUAAGGUUGUUUGUUCAUGAAUUUCAUUCACUUUUAAGCAGUUGUUAUUCUGACUUCUUGUAGCUCUGUCAAAAAGAAGGAAAGUGUAAUAGUAAAAGCAUUUUCUUUUUUAAAAAGCAGGUAAUAAUAAAUAAAUUAAUUCCUGAAGCUAUAACUUACAUGUAAUGUAAUGUAAUAAAUAUAGGAAAGAAACAGGCCAUUUGUUGUGAUUGGCCUUGGCCAUGAAUGAAGCACUGUGCAGCCAGCUGCUCUCACCCCCACAGCACAACGGGGUGAAGAAUCAAACUCAGGUAAAACCUGGGGGCCGAGAUGACAGCAGUUCAAUCAUCAAAACAAAAUCAAAUAUCAAUGAUCAAUAGCAAUGAAAAGGGAGACAAGAGAGAGAGGAAUAAACCCCAAGAAACAGAAGUGAGCCCAGUACAAUUGCUCACCACACUCUGACCGAUGCCCAGCCUGUCCCUGACGAGCAGUCAGCAGCUCCUGACCAACCUCCCCAGUUUAUACGCUGACCAUGAGCUGCUCCAUGGGAUGAAAUAUCCCUUUGGCAAGUUUGGGUCUGCUGUCCUGGCCCUGCUCCCUCCCAGCUUCUUGUGCACCUGCUUGCUGCCAGAGCAUGGGAAACAGAAAAAUCCUGGAUUUAGGGUAAGCACUGCUCAGCAACAGCCAAAGUAUCAGUGUGUUACCAACAUUAUUCUUGUACUGAAUCCAAAGCACAGCACUCUACCAGCUGCUAGGAAGAAAAGUAACUCCCCUAUCCCAGCUGAAAGCAGGACACCAUUAUAAGCUAUACUUCCCAUACUUCUCAGUUUGGCAGGAAUUGGGUUUGAUGAUUUGGCUUCUCCACAUUUUUACAAGUAAUAUUAAAAUACACUGUUCAGUUACAAUGUUAUCCUUCAUACGAAAUACCCUUCUUCCUUCAGUACUGGUUUAUUCCUUGUAUAGAAAGACUACAUUGGGAUGGGAAAAUAAAUUCCCAUUAAUAGCAAUACAGGAGCCAUCUCAUAGAUGCUUUUGCAUAGCUUUCAUUCAAAAUGUGACAGGGAAAUAAGUAAAAUCAAUCACUGAGCAUCAUGACUUCAAAUAAUUUUAAAAAAGUUGCAUUUUUAAACCUUUUUAGUGUAUAGUGGGGAAUAUUUUAAUAAACGAGAAGACCGAGGUUGUCCCAGGUAGCAUUUUCAAAAAUACUACCAGAAGCUCACACAAUGAUUUUAUGGGGUUCUCUUUUAAGUAUCUCUCUAAUAUGACCAAGUCCUUAUCAAAUUGCUGUGUGUGCAUGGCUUGGAUUAAGAAGGAGGUAUGAAUUCUCAGUAUUCAAAUAAAUUUGUUCUUUUGAA